AUGCUUUUGCCCAUUUUCUGGACUUGUUGGUGCCUUGCAAGCAUCGUUACCGCUAGAGACCCUGCAGGAUUCGAGGAUGGCAGCGAUCUGGAAAGCUUCGUGACUCGACCAGAGCUCCGAGCGCCACGGUACAUCGUUUCAAGGCAUCACCCCAAGGAUCGGAUCGCAGAAGGAUACUGGUUUGUCGCGCACUAUCCAUCGUUGUUCGACGCACAGCCUUCGUGGAGAAAGGAGCAUGUGCCAUGCCAAACAGGUCCUCACAUAUACGACAAUGACGGACAGCUGGUAUGGAGUGGUGCAUGCGAAUAUAACAAUCGCAAUGUCUUCGACUUCAAAGCUGUCGUGGUCAAUGGAGAACACCAUCUCACCUUUUUCGUGUCGGGGAAUAAUCGAGAAGUCGACGAAAUCCCUGCCGACAGGGUCAAGGAGGCAGGAGUUAUGAUGGACAACCAGUAUCAAGAAGUCGCGAGGGUGCAUCAAGUUGGAUUCAAGCUUCUGGACGUCCACGAAUUUACGGUACUGCCCGAUGGCAAGUCGGCUUUGAUAAGUACGACCUACCCGAAAGACGUCAACGCCACAGAGAUCGGGCAAGCCGAGAGGUCCAUUCUCGUGUACGGCUUCCAGGAAGUCGAUAUGAAGACUGGGGAGCUCAUCUUUGACUGGGACCCGCUCCAGCAUGGCAUUAUGCUCAAUGAGAGCUGUGAUGCGACUGGAAUGAAAGGCGAUGAUGGCUGGUGGGACUACUUCCAUCUCAACUCUGCCGACAAGUUUGCCAAUGGCGACUAUCUUGUCUCAGGUCGACAUACGAGUACGAUAUAUCGGAUCUCGAAAGAUGAUGGCCACGUUAUCUGGCGACUGGGCGGCAACAUCUCCGACUUCACUAUGGACGAGAAUGUGCCAUUCUACUGGCAGCAUCACGUCCAAAUUCGAGCCGAAAGCACCUCAGAAAUCGUAAUCUCGGUCUUCGACAAUGCUGGAGAAGACCUUGACCGCAAUCUACAACUACCACAAUCGCGUUCGGUGGGCAAGAUCAUCACUCUGAAUACUGACAUCAUGUCAGCCACGAUCCUUCGACAGUUUCCACGACCUGAUGGCCAGAGAACCUCAAAACUCGGUAGCCUCCAGACUAUUGGCUCGGACAUUAACACCGCGAACGUAUUCAUAGACUGGGCCCAGAGAGGUUUCAUUAGCGAAUAUGAUCAAGACAACACCUUGAUCAUGGAAGCGACGCUGCAAUCGAGUCGAAUGUCAACAUACCGAGCAUACAAAUAUCCUUUCGUUGGCAAUCCUCUCGAUCUGCCGGUCCUGAAAGUCUUACCAAUUGCGUAUGACGAAGAAAUCGCUUCGACCUUCUACGUUAGCUGGAAUGGAGCUACGGAAGUCGCUCAAUGGGUCUUCUACGGAAGUGUCGACGAUGAGAACACAACUUACGAAAAGCUUGCCACCGUGAAGAAGAAUGGCUUUGAGACUUCAUGGGUGACGCCUGGCACAUUCAGCUAUGCUUACGUCGAAGCUCUAGAUAAGAACGGACAUGUGCUGAACACAUCCACUACCGUGAAAGUCGACACUGUCGACCAAGCGCGAUAUCAGGUUGUGUAUCCUCAAGCUGCAGCGGUUGAGGAGAAAUCUGCGGCACAGUCAACGGAUCAGACCUCGCUGCCCUUCAUUCCUGGGACACUGCCCGCCCUGAUUUUGGAUUCCUUUGCGCUUUUUGGAGCAUACUCGUUGGUGCGAAGCUUGAUUCCAGAAUUCUUGAAGAGGCGGAAAGGACAUCGUGUGGUUGCGCACGAUCGUCAAACGAGCGGGGGCUGA